AAAUGACGUCAUUGAACUGCGCCAAUAGCUCGCUGAAGCCACAUGGGGGGGAGAAGAAAUUCGGAGUUUUGUUUUGGUUUUGCUUCCCUUCUAAGCAAUGCGGAUUUCACUUAAUGUUGGGUGUCGUCGGGAGUAGAGAAAUAAAGUAUUGCCUUUUCAGAUCAUGCCCCUAGAACUUGACCUUCCACCGGCAAAGAAGUUCAAGCCGGGAUCGCCUCUUUUUGCUUUGAAUAAAAAGCCUGGUAUGCUGCUUCCCAGGACUGGAAUUUCUUCGGUCCCGAUCGAGGUACAGCGUAAACACCUUCCAAUCUAUCAAGCCAGAACACAGCUUAUAAACCGACUAAGGCAGCUUCAGAGCACGAUUCUCAUAGGAGAAACUGGCUCUGGGAAGACAACACAGAUUCCCCAAUAUCUGUAUGAAGCUGGCAUUGGACGUCAGGGUAUUGUAGCCAUCACACAGCCCCGAAGGGUUGCAGCCAUCUCUUUAGCAGCCAGGGUAUCAGAAGAAAAAAAGAGUGAAUUAGGAAAACUGGUAGGAUACACCGUACGUUUUGAAGAUGUUACUUCUGCUGAAACCAAGGUGAAGUUUAUGACAGAUGGCAUGCUGUUACGGGAAGCACUUGGGGACCGGCUUUUGCAAAGGUAUUCCGUAGUAAUUCUUGAUGAAGCUCAUGAGAGGACUCUUCACACGGAUGUUCUAUUUGGAGUGAUAAAAAAUGCACAGGAGAGACGGAAGGACAAAUUUCCUUUAAAGGUGAUCAUUAUGUCAGCUACUAUGGAUGUAGACCUGUUUUCCCAGUACUUCAAUAACGCACCAGUUUUGUAUUUGGAAGGCAGGCAGCACUCCAUUCAGAUAUUUUAUACGAAGCAGACUCAGUCAGACUACCUCCAGGCAGCACUAAUAUCUGUGUUUCAGAUUCACCAGGAGGCUCCUUCUUCGCAUGACAUUUUAGUGUUUCUGACAGGGCAAGAAGAAAUUGAAGCCAUGGCCCGUACAUGCCGAGAUAUUGCUAAACACCUACCUGAUAGCUGUCCACAAAUGACUGUCGUCCCUCUCUAUGCUUCUCUUCCCUACAUGCAGCAGAUGAAAGUUUUCCACGUUGCUGCAAAGGGCUGUCGAAAAGUCAUCCUUUCAACAAACAUUGCAGAGACCUCCAUUACUAUUCCUGGGAUUAAAUUUGUCAUUGAUACUGGGAUGGUGAAGGCAAAGCGCUAUAAUCCAGACAGUGGGCUUGAAGUUUUGGCUGUGCAGAGGAUUUCAAAAGCACAAGCAUGGCAGCGUACUGGGAGGGCAGGCCGGGAAGACAGUGGAGUGUGUUAUCGUCUGUACACAGAGGAAGAAUUUGAGAAGUUCAAUAGCAUGACAGUGCCAGAAAUACAGCGGUGCAAUCUGGCCAGUGUGAUAUUACAACUAUUGGCUCUGAGAGUUCCAAAUGUCCUUGCUUUUGACUUCAUUUCCAAACCAUCUCCAGAUUCUAUCCGAGCUGCCAUUGAGCAGUUGGAUUUGCUAGGUGCUGUAGAACAGAAGGACAAUCAAGUCAUACUAACUGCCUUGGGGAAGAAAAUGGCUUCUUUUCCUCUGGAACCAAAAUUUUCAAAGGCAAUUCUGUUAUCGCCUGAAUUUCACUGCACAGAGGAAGUCUUGACUAUUGUUUCACUAUUAUCUGUGGACAGUGUCCUCUACAAUCCACCCAAUCGACGUGAUGAGGUACAUUCUGCCAGAAGAAAAUUCAUCUCAAGUGAAGGUGACCACAUGACCCUUCUCAGUAUCUAUCGGGCCUUCAAAAAUGUGAAUGCAAAUAAGGAUUGGUGCAGGGAGAAUUUUGUGAACAGCAGAAACAUGGCUCUAGUGACAGAGAUACGUUCUCAGCUGAGGGACAUUUGCUUAAAGUUGGGAAUGACGCUGGAGUCCUCCCGCAUGGACACGGGAAAUGUCCGUCGCUGCCUGGCACACGGCCUUUUCAUGAAUGCAGCUGAGCUCCAGCCCGACGGUAGCUAUCUUGCUCUUGACUCCCAUCAGCCUGUUGCUAUUCACCCUUCUUCAGUGUUCUUCAACAGCAAACCCUCCUAUGUCAUAUACAAUGAGCUGCUUCACACCUCCAAAUGUUAUAUGAGGGACUUGUGUCUGGUAGAUGCAGAAUGGUUACACCAGGCAGCACCCGAAUACUUUAGAAGAAAACUGCGAGUGGUCAAAAGCUAGUUGUCCACUGGUUCACAAGUUGUACUGAUAUUUGGAAAAAAUUGUGAGUAAUGCUGCUGUUGCAGUAUGCCUUGUUUAUCAAGAGAAAAUUGGAUUUACUUUUUUAAAGUUUUAUGGAGACUAUUUGAAUAUAUUUUUCCUGUAAUUAGAAUGUUUCUUGAAUUUAUACAGAUUAACAGUUAUAACUAACAAUUGGUAAUAUUGAUUUAAAGAGGAGAUCAGUAUAAUGUAAAAGACUUUCUUUACUUUUUAAAAAAUGCUGUUUAAUUACGGUAAUUAAACAAUUAUUGUUUCUGCUGUUUUAUUUGUUGAAAUGCAUAUGUCCAAAGGUAAUCAGCAGAAUCAAAGGAACAACUGCUUAUUUAAUGUUUAUUUAGAUGAUUCAUAUGUACUUCUUUGUAAACUGGAGAGCAAUAGAUUAAUGGCAUUAAGACUCUGUUCCUUGAGCGUCUACAAUAUGCUUCAUGUACAAAAGGAACACGAAUGUGGUAUAUGGCUGUAGCAAGCCUGAACAGAGUCAUUUUGUCAUUUUGAUUUUUAUUUAUUUAUUUUUGCCACAAUAUGCAUGUAUUGUUACCAUGCUUGUUUGUUAACACUGUAAAAUUUAAUCCAUACCAAUAACUGCUCUACUUUUAUUACCCUCAAUUCACAGAGGACACUUCUGUAUCUAAUAAAUAAUACCCUUAGGUGGAGCAUGA